GCUUACAGUUAACUCCAUAUCCACCGGUCCGUAAUUCCGGUUCAUGAACAGCCUGGGUCUCGAGGAGUAGGAAGACACACCGGGGAGCUCGCUCACCUCAGUCUCUAAUCCGUCCUCGACGGUCCGUCCGGUGUCACACAUGUUCUGCUGAGGACGCGCUCCCCAACCGACAAAAACCGACCAUGUCCACCGGGUCGCUUAGCGACGUUGACGAUGAGCUCCUGGACGGGAUCCUGAAGUUCGGCUCUUCCGGUAAAGACUCCGGUACAUCGAACGAGAGCACCGAGGAGAGUUCGAACUGCGAAGGCGGCUCGGCCAACGACAAAACAGCCCGGGGAAAGAAACGGAAAACAGGGUCCGGUAGGAAAACCGCGCUGAACGGCGUGGCGCACGAUGGGGGCGGCAAGCAGCCGCAGAGGAACGCGGCCAACGCACGGGAGAGGGCAAGGAUGCGCGUGCUAUCCAAAGCGUUUUCCCGUUUGAAGACGACUUUACCGUGGGUCCCGCCGGACACCAAGCUCUCCAAACUGGACACACUUCGCCUCGCCUCGAGCUACAUUGCACAUCUACGGCAGAUCCUCGCCAACGACAAAUACGAGAACGGAUUUAUCCACCCGGUGAACCUGACGUGGCCCUUCAUGGUCGCCGGGAAACCGGAGAAUGAUUUGAAAGAGAUGCUCAACACCACCCGGUUGUGUGGAACAACCGCCUCGUGAUGUAACGGAUGGACAUGACAUGAACAUUAACCGUCAAGGGAUGGACAUGAUACAUUUUUUUAAAAUUUUUCAGAUGGACAGAAAUGCACGUCAUCUCUCCUAAACCAAAUAAUGAGUCGGAAUACCGGGAGAGCGCACGCUCUCUCACGCGUUCCGAUACAGAGAAGCUGAUUUUAUAUUUAAAGUGUUCACAUGUUGCCUUUGCUGGUUCGAGGACAUAUUGUGUUUUGUAUACGUUUUUAUAAUCUUAAAAAUGCUUAAAAAAAACUUUGUCACACGAGUAUUUGUUUUUACAGGUGAUGUUGUCAGUCGCCGCGUUGGAAGUGCACAUGAAACAUGUCUCAAUAUCCUAUCUGAAUAGCCAGAUUUUAUAUGAAUAAAAUGUAUUCAUCGCAUCA